AUGCCUGAAAACAAGACAGCUUCCUCUUCUCCCUCUGGAGAUGAUCAAACCAAGAAAGAUAAUGCCACAUCACAAGCAUUGGUUCCCUUUGGUGCCCCUAAGGAAGCGGUUGAGAUUUGUCAUGAAGAUAAAAUGACAAAUACUGAAGUGGUGAACGAAGGCAUUUACUUUGGUUACCCAUCUCGGCGUCACAGCUGUUCUUUAGUAAAUAUUCCAUCACCAUGUGUCAACAAAAUGAUUUCACACAUUGAAGAUGUGGAGUCUAAAAUAGAGGGACAUUUGAAACAGUUUGAAACUUCUUUGGAGGAACGGCGCAGGGCUGCCCCAGAGGACCUGGAAAAAGACAGGAGAGUCGCUAAGCCCAGCAAAGAGGUCAAACCCAAGGAAGAGAGAGAUGAGAAGUGUCCAGAAUUAAAGCAGGAAAUGGAAAUGUUACUGUCAGAGGCCAUUUUUCUCAUCAAAAGUUUAGAAACGGACCGCGCAGAAGCUGAAGAAGCUCUGAAGCGACAACAGUCACGAAAGAAGAAGAUAAACAAGAAAAUUGAUUAUUGGUCAAUCUGGAGACUUCAAGAAAUGCCCAUGGCUGUGCAGAAAGAACACGAGACCUAUCUGAGAGAUAUUCUGGAAUUACGAUGGCAUAUUGAAAAUAAAUCGUAUAAAAAAAAACAUUUAGAGGAACAAAAGGCAGCAUGGGAAGAAGCUAAUGGGAAGGUCCAAGCAGACAUAGAUUACAUGAAUGAACACAGUGCUCUGCUGAAUUCAAAGCUGAUGCAGGAAAUUCAAAAUCUGAGGAAAUAUAGUAAAAAGAAAUCUCAGGUAAUGGAACUAUACAGACAAGUUCAUGGAGAACUUCAAGAUGCUAUAGAAGACUGUGAAAAACUGAAAUUGAAAAUUAUACAAAAUAGAGAAGAAAUGGAAAAAGAUAUUGAAAAUGAUGUAAAAAACAUGGAAGCCUACAAGAACCAGAUGGACCAGCUUACCGUCAUCUUUGAUCAGUACAGAAACUUGAUUCAAAAUGUGAACAAAAGCAUCGAGAGGAACGAGGAGGCCAUGACUGUCACCCUGCAGGAAACACGGACGUCCUCAGACGAAUUAUCUGCCUUAACAAAAAUGCUAGAAGAUUUGAAAAAAAUUUAUGAACAACUACUCUGGAGGAAAAAAAAUUAUGAAAGUGAAUAUGAGGAAGUGCUUCAGAAUUUUCGUUCUUCAAAAAAAGCAUGGGACGAUGAGCUUGCUGUUGUCGCAAAAGAUUUUUCAGAUCUUUCAGUGGUAUAUAAUAAAUUGCUAGAAGAAAAUAAAAAACUUGAGAUGGAUAUUGAAAUGACAUCAGAUUCAAUCCAUGAAAGUAUAAGGAAAAAAUCAGAGUUUGAGUCUGACAUCCGAAGUUUGAUGAUAAUGAAGUUAAAAAAUGAGGAGUAUCUUAGAGGACUAUACAAGGAUGCUUAUCAAAUUGGUGCUGUUUUCCACAUGACCAGAUAUAAAACCGAAGAGUUAGAAGAGAAAAUAGCAGAAGUGAGAAGAAAAUUUCAGGGUAGAGAAGACUUCUUGAAAAAAAUCACUCGAAGUGAAGUGGCUAAUGGAAUGAUACUUCAGAAAAAACUGUUUUCCCUGCAAGAAGAAGAGCAACUUGAGAGGGAGGAGCUCAUAAGGAGGAUAGCGAUCUACUCCCUGACCCUGACAGAAAUAGAGGAGCCUCUGCUUCAGAUGGAAGAAAAUGCGGAGCAAAUCAAAGCUCUCCACAAAGAACACUUCAAUAGACUAGGUGAUAUCAUUGCAAAGAGAGAAGAUGUUAAAAUAAAUGUGGAAAGAACAAAGGAAAAAUUGCAAAUAAAGGGGAAGAAAACCCAAGAAGCACUAAUAAAAACUGAGGCAGAACACUCAGUAAUUUUUGGUGAAAUAGAGGCAGCUAAAAAUAAAACAGCUUUUUAUCAAGAUAAAAUAACUACAUUGAAUACGGAACUAGAAGAAAGAGAAAAGGCAAAGAUAAUUUUAAAUGAGCUACUGGACAUUCUGAGGGAGAAACAUGCAUCUGUGAAAUUUAAAAAGAAACAUAUACAAGCUGUUUAUGAUCAUCUCAUACAUGAGAAAGUAGCCUGUGAAGAGCAGUUGAAGGAGGAAGAACGGAUACACAGAAACCUCGUUGCCAUGAGGCAAAAGACUCUGGCAGACCUGAAGAAACUACAGGAUGAUUCCCUCGUAGAAAACCUACGUUUAGCUCAAGAGUAUCAGCGUUUACAGAUGAGUUUCCUAGCAGAGAAGGACAAUUAUUUCUACCAAUAUGAUCGACAGUUAUCACUUAAUGCUUCAAUUAGAGAUAAAAGAGAGCUCUGUCAGCUGCAGAGGCAGAUACACAAGAGGUGGCAGAAGUACCUCCGGCUGGUGGUCCUGUCCAGCCGGCUGCGGCUGGCCCGGUUCCAGGUGGAAUCUCAGGAGAACAUUCAGAAAAUCUUAGCCGUGCAGGAAGAAUCUUCAAAUUUAAUGCAACAUAUCGUAGAGUUCUUCCAGGAUUUGUCCCAAGGCCCAUGUGAAAACGAUGAUUAA